GAAAGAGCGAAACCUAGAUCGAAAAUUCGUUUUGUCCUCUCCGGCGACGGUGUUCCUUACCGUUUGCCGGAGAGGACCACUCUCUUCUUUCCCUUUCUCUAGUUGUCUUCUCCGUGUUGUCUUUGUCGAUCCGGUGGUGCUCUGACCUUGGUUGGAUUUUCGUCUCUUGAUGGUGGUGUUGCCGCAAGAAGUUUCGCUUGUGGGGCAGUUUGCUACUGUCUCAUGUCGAGCUCUUGUUUACGGUGCUUGUGGACGGUGCUAUGACAGGCUCCUAGCGGCAGGACCUUUCGCUCGGCCUGAGAAACCGGUGGUGCAUCGCCGUGUUCUUCAGUCAUCGUCGUUGUUUCUUUGGGGUGCGGACUCUCCGGAUUGUCUUGAUGGGACGGCAAGCCUCAGGGUCACUUUUGUGAUCUUGGCUUGUUCGUUGCGGUUAGACGCGUUGGGGAUUCUGGUUGUUGGUGGUCAUCGUGUCUCCUCCUUUGGUGGGUUGUUGAAGGUGGUAGCUUCUUCAGCCAUGGGUACAGCUUCUCCGUGCCCGUUUGUCUUUGUCCCCGUGGCUUCUUCUCCGUUUUGCUUUAAGGGGGCGAAUAAGUCUAAGUGGCGAUACUAUCUCAGAUAG